ACUUUACUAAUUAUUAAUUUGUUAUUAUUACGUCUUGUCUUGUCUUUAUAAUAAAAUUAUGUGACUAAAAUCAUAGCCGUUUGAUUUAAUAUAAAUUCAAUGAACUUAAAAGCGCAAUGAAAUGUCAGUUUUCUAUUUAUAUCCUGCAAAAGGACACUUGCAAGUACAUAUGCUGGAAAUUAUCGUCCUGAAGAGGUUGGAACACCUAAAUGGAAUUUUAAGGAACUGUGAUAUAGAAUAUAAUGAAUAUACCAUUGACGGAAGUAUAUACGAUAAUAUUGGACAUUUUAUGCUGUGUGCUGCAGCUUUGUUAGAACAAAAUGAUGAACUAUUUACUUUUAUAUUAGAAACUGAAAUAGCAUUGUUUCAAAGCAGAAUAAGCUUACUUUCCGCCUACGAUUUAAGACGGUUUGCAAAAAAACUGUUAAAAUACAUUAGAAAAACUGAUAUUGACUUAGAUUUUUUAAAACCAUUACAAGUAUUAUGCCAACACUUAAAUCUAAGACAAAUAACUCAACACAUAUGUGCUGAUUGCAAUGCAAAAUGUUCAACAUAUAAUUUUAGAAUAAAAUUCAAAUUUUGCCUUGAUUUUGUGGCAAAAAGACAGGUAGAAAUAAAAAAUGGCUAUGCAGUGAUAUCCUGUAGUAUUUGGAAAGAUUAUUUGUAUAAUUUAUUUAGUUUUAAUUUAAAGAAUAGACUGUUUAAAACUAGAUUGAAGUCUAUACAAUGGGAUCCGAGGAUCAAUGAAUUAUCAAAGAAAAUAAAAAAUAUGGUAGCUUGUAAAAAUAUUUGUGAAAAGAAUAUGGUUUUAAGUAAUGAAAUUGAUAACUUGAGUGUAUAUUUUCCUCCAUGUAUGUUGAACCUACAUCAACAACUAAGAACACAUCAUAGAUUGUCACAUCAACAUAGAUUUAACUACAGUUUAUUUCUUAAAGAUAUCGGAAUGCCAAUUGAUGAGGCAGUGAAAUUCUGGAAGACUGAAUAUUUGAAUAUGCCAAAUAGCCAUAGUUGCUGUCACGAUUGGAAUACAAAUGAAAAAAAAUAUGUGUAUGGUAUACGACAUAUGUACGGAUUAGAGGGAUCUAAAAGAAAUUAUACCUCCAGAAACUGUCAAGUGCUGCAGAAUUUGGAGAAUUCAUGUUCUGAAGGUGGUUGUCCAUUUAAAUGUUUUUCAGAUGAGAAAAUGCAGCAGCUACUUAAAUUAAAUAAAUCUGAUACAUCAUUGUCACAAAUCAAAGAUCUUAGAAAAAUGGAAGAAUAUGCAAAGGCAUGUCAAGUGUUUUUGAAGAGAAACUCAGAUUCAGAUGAGGACAAAUGACCAUACCCAUGUCAUAUCGCCCCGGAAACCCCGCAAAAGGAAGCAAAUUCCAUAGCUUUAUAGUGUGAAGAAGAAAGCUCCUUGAAAACCGCACUGUGGGGGACCGCCCGGACACAUCCAGAUGGUGGGGAUAAUAUCCUAACUUGUGGCGUGUCUUGCGAAGGUGGAAUUGGGCGGCUGGAAUCAGGUUAAACAGCUCUUUGGGACACUCCCCGUGAUAAAUGCGGUAGAAGACACACAGUGAAGCGACGUCUCACGCAACACCGAGUGAUCCAGCCGUUCACAGAGCACUAGAUCCCCGACAAUUCGAGCAGCUCUGCGUUGCACGCGGUCUAAUGGAUCGAGCUAGAUACUGGGUUGCGCCAGACCAGAGAUGACAGCAUUACUCCAUGUGUGGCCGGACCUGCGCUUUGUAGAUCGCUAGAAUGUGGGCCGGCUUGAAGUAUUGCCGUGCUCUAUUUGGCUUUGCCCUCCAGAUGGCCACGGAAUUGGCAAUCGUUAGAGAUUUCAAGACCCAGUAUUCCGAUACUAGGCGAGGCUUUAAGGGAAGUUUUGUCGAAGAAUGGUGAUUCGGCAAAUGGGGGUUUUUUAGUGGUAAACGCGCAAACUUGAGUCUUCUGGGGGUUAAAUUGGACAAGGUUCAACCUACCCCAUUCCGCUACCUUCUCGAGAGAGGACUCGAUAGAAGACACAAGUUUCUCCCGGCACUGGUCGACGAUUUCCCGAGAGAGACCUGCAUGGCCCGUGUAUACGGAAUCACCAGUGCUAUCGUCUGCAUAGCAAUGUAUGUUGGAGGUGUCCAACAUAUCAUUGAUAUGCAGAAGAAACAGCGUGGGAGAUAGCACACAGCCUUGGGGCACUCCAGCGUUCAUGGGCUUGGGAUUCGAGUAAUAACCGUCGACAACGACCUGUAUGCUGCGCCCAGUGAGGAAGCUGGAGGUCCACUUGCAUAAGCUCUCAGGAAGCCCAAAACUAAUGUUGAAUUGAUCUAAGUGGAAGAAGGCAGAAAGAAUCCAUACCUAUGUGGUAUUGUCAAGAUGCAUCUACUGUACUCGGUAGCUAUUGUGGUUUUUGUUUUAAUAAAUUUACUCUUUUUUAACUUGUGUGAGACAUGUUG